GUUAAUUACUCAGUCAGUCAGUAAACUACUUAAUAUUAGUAGUAAACUACGGUUAUUGUAUUGUUAGUUCAUUUGUUAUAGUUAAUUUGCGAUGUCAGGUGACCCAGUAGUUGAAGGAGAAGAUCCUUAUAUGUAUGAUGAAGAAUCUAGUAGUAUUACUCCUGAAGAUUGUUGGACAGUAAUUCAAUCAUUCUUUCAAGAAAAGGGAUUAGUAUCACAACAACUUGAUUCAUUUGAUGAAUUCAUUGAAUCCACUAUUCAAGAAUUAGUAUGGGAAGAUUCUCAUUUAAUUUUAGAUCAACCAGCUCAACAUACAACUGAUGAUGAUCAUGAAAAUAGAAGAUAUGAAAUAACUUUUGGAAAGAUUUAUAUUUCCAAACCAACUCAAACUGAAGGUGAUGGUACAACUCAUCCAAUGUUUCCUCAAGAAGCAAGAUUAAGAAAUUUAACUUAUUCAUCACCAUUAUAUGUUGAUAUGACUAAAAAAGUAUUUAAAUCCGAUGAUAAUUUAAGAAGAGAAAAUGAAUUAGAAUGGAUUGAAGAAAAAGUUCAAGAUGAAGAACCUCAACAAAAAGUUUAUUUAGGUAAAGUCCCAAUUAUGUUAAGAUCUAAAUUUUGUAUGUUAAGAGAUUUAGGUGAACAUGAAUUUUAUGAAUUAAAAGAAUGUCCUUAUGAUAUGGGAGGUUAUUUUGUUAUAAAUGGUUCAGAAAAAGUUUUAAUUGCUCAAGAAAGAAGUGCAGCAAAUAUAGUUCAAGUAUUUAAAAAAUCGGCUGCCACUUCAACGGUAUCUCAUGUAGCAGAAAUAAGAUCAGCAAUUGAAAAGGGAUCAAGAUUAUUAUCUUCAAUGCAAAUUAAAUUAGGUGGUAAAGAUCAAAAUUCAAAAGGUAGAGGAGUUCAAGGUAAAACUGUUAAAGCAACUUUACCAUAUAUUAAAGAAGAUAUACCAAUUGUAAUUGUAUUUAGAGCCUUAGGAAUUGUACCAGAUGGAGAUAUUUUAGAACAUAUUUGUUAUGAUGCAAAUGAUUGGCAAAUGUUAGAAAUGUUAAAACCAUGUGUUGAAGAAGGAUUUGUAAUUCAAGAACGAGAAGUUGCAUUAGAUUUUAUUGGUAGAAGAGGAGUUAUGGGAAUUAGAAGAGAAAAACGUAUACAAUAUGCCAAAGAUAUUUUACAAAAGGAAUUAUUACCAAAUAUAACUCAAGCUGAUGGUUAUGAAACAAGAAAAGCAUUCUUUUUAGGUUAUAUGGUUAAUAGAUUAUUAUUAUGUGCUUUAGAAAGAAAAGAACCCGAUGAUAGAGAUCAUUUUGGUAAAAAGAGAUUAGAUUUGGCAGGACCAUUAUUAGCAAAUUUAUUUCGAAUUUUAUUUAAAAAAUUAACAAAAGAUAUUUAUAAUUAUAUGCAAAGAUGUGUUGAAAAUGAUAAAGAAUUUAAUUUAACUUUAGCUGUUAAAUCUCAAACAAUAACUGAUGGUUUAAGAUAUUCUUUAGCUACAGGAAAUUGGGGUGAACAAAAGAAAGCUAUGAGUUCAAGAGCAGGAGUUUCUCAAGUUUUAAAUAGAUAUACUUAUUCUUCAACUUUAUCUCAUUUAAGAAGAACCAAUACUCCAAUUGGUAGAGAUGGGAAAAUUGCUAAACCAAGACAAUUACAUAAUACUCAUUGGGGAUUAGUUUGUCCUGCUGAAACUCCAGAAGGUCAAGCCUGUGGAUUAGUUAAAAAUUUAUCAUUAAUGACAUGUAUUUCUGUUGGUACAUCAUCAGAACCAAUAUCUUAUUUCUUAGAAGAAUGGGGGAUGGAACCAUUAGAAUCGUUUGUACCAUCAAAUUCUCCUGAUUCAACCAGAGUAUUUGUUAAUGGAGUUUGGGUUGGAACUCAUAGAGAUCCAGCCAAUUUAGUUAAUACAAUUAGAGGUUUAAGAAGAAGAGGAGAUAUUUCUCCAGAAGUAUCAAUUAUUAGAGAUAUUAGAGAAAAAGAAUUUAAAAUCUUUACUGAUGCUGGUAGAGUUUAUCGUCCAUUAUUUAUUGUUGAUAGUGAUGAAGAAUCUUUAACCAAGGGAGAUUUAGUAUUACAAAAGGAUCAUAUUAAUAAAUUAUUAACUUCUGAAUAUGAUGAAUAUGAAGAUGAAGAUGGAGAAUCUACCAGUUAUACCUGGACUUCAUUAGUUAAUGAUGGAGUGGUUGAAUAUGUUGAUGCAGAAGAAGAAGAAACUAUAAUGAUUGCUAUGACACCGGAAGAUUUAGAAGCCGAAAAAUUACCGGAAGAAACUCCAAUUAAUGAAGAAUUAGAUCCGGCUAAAAGAAUUAAACCAACUUUAUCAACUUCUUCAUCUCAUACUUUUACUCAUUGUGAAAUUCAUCCUUCAAUGAUUUUAGGAGUAGCUGCUUCAAUUAUUCCAUUUCCUGAUCAUAAUCAAUCUCCUCGUAAUACUUAUCAAUCAGCUAUGGGUAAACAAGCUAUGGGAGUAUUUUUAACUAAUUAUGCGGUAAGAAUGGAUACUAUGGCUAAUAUUUUAUAUUAUCCUCAAAAACCUCUUGCCACAACAAGAUCAAUGGAACAUUUAAAAUUCCGAGAAUUACCAGCAGGACAAAAUGCUGUGGUAGCCAUUGCAUGUUAUUCAGGAUAUAAUCAAGAAGAUUCAAUGAUUAUGAAUCAAUCAUCAAUUGAUCGAGGAUUAUUUAGAUCAUUAUUCUUUAGAUCAUAUAUGGAUUUAGAAAAAAGACAAGGAAUGAAAGCCCUUGAAACUUUUGAAAAACCUUCAAGAUCAGAUACUUUAAGAUUAAAACAUGGAACUUAUGAAAAAUUAGAUGAUGAUGGAUUAAUUGCUCCUGGGGUAAGAGUUAGUGGAGAAGAUAUUAUUAUUGGUAAGACAACUCCAAUUCCUCCUGAUACAGAAGAAUUAGGUCAAAGAACUCAAUAUCAUACAAAAAGAGAUGCUUCAACUCCUUUAAGAAGUACUGAAUCAGGAAUUGUUGAUCAAGUACUUUUAACUACUAAUGGAGAUGGAGCUAAAUUUGUUAAAGUAAGAAUGAGAACUACAAAAGUUCCCCAAAUUGGUGAUAAAUUUGCUUCAAGACAUGGACAAAAGGGGACAAUUGGAGUAACUUAUAGACAUGAAGAUAUGCCAUUUACUGUUCAAGGAAUUGUCCCUGAUUUAAUUAUUAAUCCUCAUGCAAUUCCAUCUCGUAUGACAGUAGCCCAUUUAAUUGAAUGUUUAUUAUCUAAAGUAUCGGCUUUAUCUGGUUUAGAAGGUGAUGCCUCACCAUUUACUGAUGUUACAGCCGAAGCUAUUUCAAAACUUUUAAGAGAUCAUGGAUAUCAUUCUCGAGGGUUUGAAGUGAUGUAUAAUGGACAUACUGGUAAGAAAUUAAUGGCCCAAGUAUUCUUUGGUCCAACAUAUUAUCAAAGAUUAAGACAUAUGGUUGAUGAUAAGAUUCAUGCUCGUGCAAGAGGUCCAGUUCAAGUAUUAACAAGACAACCAGUUGAAGGUAGAUCAAGAGAUGGAGGAUUAAGAUUUGGAGAAAUGGAAAGAGAUUGUAUGAUUGCUCAUGGAGCUGCUGGAUUUUUAAAGGAAAGAUUAAUGGAAGCAUCAGAUGCAUUUAGAGUUCAUGUAUGUGGAAUGUGUGGAUUAAUGUCGGUAAUUGCCAAUUUGAAAAAGAAUCAAUUUGAAUGUAGAUCAUGUAAGAAUAAGACUAAUAUUUAUCAAAUUCAUAUUCCAUAUGCUGCCAAAUUAUUGUUUCAAGAAUUAAUGGCUAUGAAUAUAGCUCCUAGAAUGUAUACUGAACGAUCAGUAAUGGGUCUAAGAGUAUAAGAGUAUAAGAUUGUAGUUACUUAUUAGUAUAGUAGUAUAGUUACUAGUAGUAUGGGUGU